CGGCAGGUGCAUCUUUCCAAAGCUUUAUGAAAUCAGUAUCAAUUUUUUGAAGGGUGGGGGAUAAAGAGUUGCUCAAACCAGCGCUUUCCUUUAAAGAAAUUAAUGAUCGGUGCACGUACUUUAUUGCUUAUUAAUAACGCUGCAAAAGUAAAAAUCGUGUUGGAUCACCAGCUUUUAUAUGCAAACAAAUAGAGGAAUAUCAAACAAGAUUGGAAGAAAAUACCACAGUAAAAUAUCUAUGUUAUCCAUGAUCAUCAUGCCAGCUUCCAAGUCUGGAACUAGCUGCGAUUACUGGAUAGAUGGAUCCCACAGGGAGAUAGCCUUUGAAGAUUACUACACAGUGGCACAGGAAUUAGGAAGGGGUGCAACAUCCGUCGUGUACAGAUGCCAAGAAAAGCAAACCCAAAAACAAUAUGCGGCAAAAGUCCUGCAGAAAACUAUCGAUAAGAAGAUUGCAAGAACCGAAAUUGGUGUUUUGCUACGACUUUCUCAUCCAAAUAUUAUUAAACUAAAAGAAAUCUUUGAGACCCCCACAGAGAUCAUCCUGAUUCUGGAGCUGGUGACUGGUGGGGAGCUUUUUGACAGGAUUGUGGAGAAAGGAUAUUACAGUGAGAGGGAUGCAGCCCAUGCUGUGAAACAGAUUCUGGAAGCUGUUGAGUAUUUACAUGAAAAUGGAGUGGUCCAUCGAGACCUCAAACCAGAAAACUUACUGUAUGCAGACCUAUCAUCAGCUGCACCAUUGAAAAUAGCUGACUUCGGUCUGUCCAAAAUUGUGAAUGAACAGGUUACCAUGAAGACAGUAUGUGGGACUCCAGGCUAUUGUGCACCUGAGAUUCUGCGAGGUUGUACCUAUGGACCCGAGGUAGAUAUGUGGUCUGUUGGAGUCAUUACCUACAUCUUACUCUGUGGAUUUGAACCAUUUUUUGAUGCCCGGGGUGACCAGUAUAUGUACAGCAGAAUCUUAAACUGUGACUAUGAGUUUGUCUCCCCCUGGUGGGAUGAUGUGUCCCUAAAUGCAAAAGACUUGGUCAGAAAACUGAUAGUGCAAGAUCCACAGAAGCGACUAACUGUUCAGCAGGCCCUCCAACACCCCUGGGUGACUGGGAAGGCAGCCAAUAUUGCUCACAUGGACAAUGCACAGAAGAAAAUGCAAGAAUUUAAUGCAAGACGCAAGCUUAAAGCAGCCGUUAAGGCUGUGGUAGCCUCGAGCCGAUUAGGAAAUGCAAGCAACCAUAGCCAUAGCAAUCAUGAUAGUGCCAAAGGAAGACACAAUUCGAGUUCUGUUCAAGAACAAAGUCCCGAUAAAGAAAAUGGGCAAAAUUUAUAGCAAGGCUCUCAACGUUACUUUCAUGGACUGUCUGCCUCACUGGAAGUUAUGGAAAGAAUGCUGGCAAGGUUCACUGGAGCAGUACUCCAAAUCAAUAGCAAUGACGUAUUUUGCAAAAAAUAAUCUGUAAGAAGUGUUCUGCAUCUUCCUCUAGUAGUAUGAAUAUGGCAGAUUUUCAAAUCAUGAGUGAAGAUGUGUAUAUAUUUAUAGUAUUUUAUGCUGUGGUAUUCAGUAUAGAUCUACAAAAGUAUAAUACAUAAAUAUAGGAUGACUGCAGUUUUGGUAUCCAACCAUCUUACAGUCCAUUUAUUGGAUGUAAUAUCCACUCAAAUAUUUUUUAAAUAGCAGAGAUUUUGUCCUAGAGGUAAAUGGCAUUCAUUAAUUUAAGUGAUUAAAACAAACUAGGAGGAAAGGGCUUUGCUGCAAAACUAAUACAACUUCUUUUAGUGGUGAUGUUUACUGGGUUAAAUUGGUCCACAGGCUUUGACUGAACAGAUCAAUUGGUGUAAAGCGGACUAAAAUAAUAGCCGUACAAGCAAAUAUUGUUAAAUGUAAUUUAUACUAUUUUAAUCAUAAAUUAGCCAUAAGUUGAUAAAAUAGGUAGUAAAAAUGGAUGUCUAGAAUAAAAACAAAAAUUGUUGACUAUACAGCAGAUUAGCCCAAACUUGAAAGAGGAAAAUAGGCCGUUGAAGAUACCAGGUCUUCCCUAUUCUCUCAGGUUCAGCAUUCCUUGUCACUUCUAAAAGAAAAACCUGUGUCUUGUACUAUCAGGGGUACAUUUUACUGCUCAGUAACUAUUUAUAUAAUAAGCAUGGCCCAGGGAUAGUGACAAUAAGUCGUCUUGUGCAUAUUGUAUUCUGCAAUAUCACACACACCAAUAUUCAUUUCUCCUGUCUUCUUAUGGACAGACUGAUAAGUAUGCUAAUAAGUUGAAGCCAGUUCUUAAUUUUACAUUAAAUACAACUGUUAGAAUACUGAUAUGAUAUUAAAUCUCAUUCAAGUCUCUUUUCUCGCCUAGUAACAUCUAGAGUGAACCUCUAAUUUACCAAUCAGCAUUACUAAAAAGAUUCCAGCAGACACAGUAUUUUACUUUUCUAGUAUUGUUUUUCCAUCACUAAACUGAUAAUGUCUCCUUGAAAAAGUUGAUACGCUCCCUAAUUUUUUUCGAACAUACUGUUCCAUUUCAAAUGAGCUCCAUUUGUUACCCAUACAGGAAAUUCCAAAAGCGUCAUCUCACCUCUUCUUCCAAAUGUCUAGGACUGGCUCAUCCAACCAUCAAUCAAAAAUAUUUGAUUGGCGUGGCUCCUCUACCGGCUAAGUUGCUUCGCCAGCCACCUGCUGUGCCCAAUUCAUAAAUGCAAUCCAACAUUAUAAUUGAAAGUAUUUUUGGAGCUUUUGAAAUAUGUAACCCACUUGUCCACCUGACUGAUAUGUAAAGCCAUUCAUCAACUUACAAAAGUGACAUAUUCCUGGAAAAGGUUAAAGGGAAAUUUUAUAAAUCAGAAAGGUACAUUCUGGGCAUUUUGGUGCCAUGUAUUUCUAUGCACUGACACACUAUUCAUUACAGCAAAAAAUAGUUCCAUAAAUUGAAGCCACAUAUGCCAUUAUAAGUCAAAUAUUCAAAAAUCAAAGAACUACUUGGUUAACCAUAUGAACAGUUUUAUGAUAAACUUAUUUACCUUUUGGAGAGUUGGUCAAACUCUCAACUUUUUGUUUCAGUAACAUUUCAGUACUUUGCUUUUAAAAAUGGAAGAAGAUUCUUUGAAAACUAGCGAUUGACCAAUUUGACUUUAUCAAACUAACAUUUUGUAACUUAAACCCAAAUCUUAUUUCAAGCCAACUGAGUAGAAAUCUUGAUUCAUGACAUAUCAGAAACUCUUCAUCAGAAGAUAACUUGCCUUCUGGGUACUGACUGACCCAAUGCAUGAAUACAAUUUUCUGUCUUCACUUGACAAUGUUUGGUAAAUGGUUAGAUUGAUAUUAUGUUGCUGGAAUGAUUUGUCAGGCUUGUUUCCAUCAUCAGACUCAAUUCAAGAGAAAUUACUUCUGUGUAUUAGACAACUGACUCUUGACUUUGAUUUUUUAAAAUUUCUUAAAAUGUCUUAACUCUUAAGACAAUUUAACACUUAAACAAAGGAAAUUUAAAUUAACUGUAAAUUUAUAGGAAGUAUAGUGAUUGUUAAAAGAGGUGGUCCCAUUGUAGGUCAGAUCCCUAUUUAAGAUAGGUAAGAAUAGAUAAGUAAGAUAGUUAAGAAUAUCUCCAAUCUACAUCAAUAAUUACAAAUAAUCGCAUAACUCAGAACUCUGUUCCACCUUGGCAUCAUUGAAGCUUAACUCUUUUUGCAUAAUUUGGCUGCCAUAAAUAUGUAUUUCUUGUUCUCAUUGUAUUCAGCCUGAUCAUUAAAUAAGUCUUUUCUAGGUCUGGACAAUAUGUUAGAAAUUUGUUGCAGAACAAAAAUGUUAUGAAGGCUUGUGAAAUAUCAUUUAUUUUCCAUAUAUUUUAGGUUAUUCUGUUAGAAUGUCUCAGUGAGACAUAAAUCAUAUCAUAUGGGGCUUUACACUCUACUGUUUACAGAUACAAUGCAUAUGUUUGUGUGAGUAAGUGAGAGAAGAAGAAGAAAUGAUAGAGUAUUUCCCUUCUAUGUGUUGACCUGCUUACUAAUGCUAAUUAAUGGCUUUAGAUGCAGGAAUCAAUAUUACAUGCGUUCUUGGGCUAAAAUAUUGGUGAUCCCAGUGCAGUCAGUGAAUGUGUCAAUGCAUAUUCAUCGCACUAGUGGAAACUCACCCCAAAUAUUUGCCUUAAAAUGUUAAAGUUCAAAGAUUACAACUUGGUAAAAUAUUACUCACACAUCUGAUGUCCUAAAAUGCCAGCAGUCUGAAAAAUAUAUAUUUCACGUUCCUAAAAUCAGGUGGUGAACAGCAAGAUGCAUUUCUAUAAAUGUCACAAAGCACAUCAAAGCCAUUAAAACCUCAGGCUGAAAAAUCUUACGAAUAUAAUUGAAGCGUUGAGAACUUCAGAAGAAGCUUAUGUUUGACUUAAGGGGAAACAUGUUCUGUAUUCAUUUGCAAAAUCAUCCUAAAUAUUCCCAAUUACUCUGUGAUUUUACUGAAUUUCUACGUCUCUUUCCUUGGAGUGCAGCAGAUGAAGAGAGGAAUUCCCACAGAAAUUCUCACCUAUUUGAAUAUAUUGAAAUUCCUUAAGAUGUGCUUCUCUUCAAUUACAAUGUAUGCCUUUUAUGCAAAAACAGAUAGUUCUUGUAAAUAAUUAUCAAAACUCCAACCCAUCCUGUAUUAGUAGAGAUUAUUAAUGGGUGAGAAUAUUCAUUUUUAUAUGUUGGUUGCUUUACAAAUUCCAAAACUAAGCCUUUGGUUAUUACAAAAAUGAUUGCAAUUGUUUUUCUUCUUAACUAGAUAAACUGCCAAUGUUUUAGAUUUUCUAAGUAUAUUAAUUGUUGCAUUUUAAGCUGUGAGGCAAGAUUAAAUUAGUGUAAUAAAGCUUUAAUAUAAUUUUGUCAAAUUGGUCAUUCUCUAUUAUUGUGCCACAUAAAGUAUGACAUAAAACUACAUCAGACAGAAAAUGUAGUAUUAAUUACAAAUUAUUUGCAGAUCUUCAAAGGACUUCUAUCAACAAAUUUAAUUUUUGACAUGUUAUGCAUAUUUAUAAUCAAUGAAAUGGCUUUUUAACUGAGAAUGAUCCAUAUGGCACUAUGCAUUACUUGUGUGUGAGAGGAAUAUUUCUGCCAGGCUUUUACUAAAGACUUUCCAGCAGUAUUGUGUAGAAGAUAAAUGUAUCUUGUGUACAGCAAUCUUUUUACUGCAAUCUUCUUGAGGCAAUAUGCAGUUGAUUGUAUCUUGUAGUAACUAUGUUUAAUUUAGUUAGAUGCUGCAUUUUGAUGAUACAACAGUACUGUUAUAAUUCCAUAACACACAUAUGCAGCUGAAAAUGUGUUAUGUUUUACAUUGAUUUGUGCAAAUUGCAAGAUUUUUAAUGUGCUUCAAAUAUUUAUUUGUUUCUUGGGCUUUCUUAUUGCAUUUGAUGUCAUUUUUAUUGCAUUGACCAACUUUCUCUGAAGUAACUUUUUAUUCUACCACCAUGCUGGCUAUCUAUCUGCACUCAGUAAAUGGAAUAUCAAGGGAUGCCAGAUAAUGGUGUGUGUUUCUUGUUUUGGUGCAUGGAUCAAGAGCUCAUCUGCAGCUGUAAGCUGCAGAAAUAUGAAAGCAGCUACAAACGUUAUUAUGUUAUCUAUAAUCAUGAAUAAAAGCUACAAAAUAAGAUCA